AUGAAGGAGAAGCAGUUCUAUGGUACCAAGGGCGGGUAUCAGGCCUGGCUCAAGACCGGCGCAGCCAGCCAAUUUUACGAUGUCAACCCAGGCCAAAAGGCUCGCUGGCUGGAGUCGAAUAACCCAUAUCCCACCAAUCCAAGUUUUCGUCCACCUCCGCCAGUCUCGAACGAGCUUCAAAACACCAUCUAUCGCCGUUUGAAACGCCAGACUGUCGGCCAGCUCGCCGAGCAAUACAAUAUCAGCAAAGCACGAAUUGAAGCAAUUCGCAAGCUCAAGCUCGUGGAAGACGAGUUCAGACGCCAGGCUAUUCCUCUUCAACAAGCCUUCCAUAACGGUAUGGAGCCUCUCCUCGGUGUCGAGACAGCCCCCCGCAACGACAGCAAGAAGCAAAGCAUCAUCGACCGCGAGGCUGCUCAGCUUCGCGAGGAGAUUCCCGGCACCGUCGCGGAGCGGGAGGAGGAGGAACGGCUGGAUGCGGGAAUAGGGCGAGGCGGCGCAUUCGGCAACUCUCGCAACAGCGAGAAGAGCAUUGAGCGGACGGUGUGGGAGUUUAGGUCAGAGGAGAUGGUCAUGGCGGAGAAGGCGGCGGAAGCCAAGGCGGCUGCAGGGGCGGAAACGGCUUUUCCAAGCUACUCUCGCUACCACUAUCCGCCUCAAGCUGUGGUCCCUGCCUUCAUCUCCAACGACACCUACUACCGGGAUGCCUUCCCCAUCCGGUCCAUCGUGCACUAUCUCGAGCGGGCCGAGGCUGAGAUUGCUGCGCGCGACCUGGAUACUUGCGACGACAAGCUCGGUCGGUCACUCGUCGAGGCGUAUCACCGGACCCGCUUGACUUAUGUCUCUCCGUCUAGUCCGGGCGGGUCAGAGAUUUCGUGUGCGCAGGUCAAAAGCGACACGUUCUCGGAGUGGUGGCCGGUCCCGGCGGCGCCAUGCUUGUCUACCAAUCUCCGAGCGAACGGGCGGGAGCUGCAAAAGAUGGAUGCUGCGGUGACUACGGACGGCGAGCAGCUAUGGGAGGAAAUGAGGCGAGAGAGGUUUGUCGGGUCGCAUCUAGGCGAGUGGGAAGGGGAGUGCGCGGAGACCAUCGGGAGGACCCUCCUGGUGAUACCGAGACAAGAUCAAUGGAACCCAUUUCACGUCGCCGAGGACAUGAUUACAACGCUCGUCUCGACCCUGGUUGCUGCUCGCGCCCGGCCGCAGCUGGUCGACGAGCCCGUCCAGAUCAUCUUUGAUGACGACUUUGGACUCGAGGGAAACCACUUUGUCGCAAUGUGGGAUAAGAUUGGCGCUUGGCCCCCUCGUCGGCUAGGUCUGGAUCCUUGGGACCAUGCGUGCUUCAAUACGGUCAUUCACAGCGUCACUGCGGGGGUAUCCUUAUUGUCGGCUCAGGAUCUAGGUGUAGGGCAUGCCUGCGCUUCAUCCAUCACCUGGGCAGCAUCCCACUUUUAUCGCAACCUCUUUGGCCUCAAACCACCGACCACCGUCAAUGUUCUUUGGCUCUCUCGUGCCAAGUUUGACAACUGGGCGAUGAGCCAGAACAAGUGGAGCAUGUGGCGGGACUCCCGUCACAUCUCCAACGAGAAUGAGAUUGUCAAUAGGCUCAGGACGGGUCUGGCGGGAAUGUGUAGGGGGUGCUUUGUCGACGAGGACGCCACGCCCGGUCACUGGUCCGAAACGUUGGAGCGCGGGAUCCGCUUUGCCACGCUCGAUCCAUCCCUACACUCGCUCGACACUCAAGUCCAUAUGGUCGGCCACGCGUCCAUACUCAUCGGUCUGCACGGUGGCGGUCUGGGAUUGUCGAUGUUCCUGCCGCCGGGCGAGGGAGCAGUCAUCGAGUUGACGGUUCCAGAGACAGUGGGGAGCAGACACUUUGAGACGAUGGCGGCUCAGCUGGGGCAGGGUUAUGAGAUGAUGUUGACGGAGAAGCAGGUGAAUGUAGAAGAGCUGUGGGGAAGGGUGGAGAAGUGGGUAAAGCGUUUGUACAUAGACUAG